UUCUGUCUGAGAGAAGUUUUUUGGGACUUUUUUAGCUUUGAGAUCUUUCAAACAUCCACAUUCACCUUCACUGAGAGACACAUCCCAUCUUUACCCUGAUCAGCUGUGAAUCAUGACUUAUGCACCGGUGAUUCUGUUGAUUGUGGGAUUACUGCACUGGACCACAAGGGCAACCAUGAUGGAUAAACUAGCAGACAACAAAAGAUGUGGAGAUCCAGAAUGCUCAUAUGUUCUCUCGAUGGCCACUGCUUUGGAUGACUUCAUAGCGCCUGACUGCAGAUUCAUCAACCUCAGAAGGGGUCAGAUGGUUUAUGUGUAUUCUAAACUUGUGCCAUCGGAGGGCGCUGGAGUCUUCUGGUCUGGAAGUGUGUACAGUGAGCGCUAUGUGGACCAGAUGGGCAUCAUCGGAUACUUUCCAGCAGUUGUGGUGAACGAGACGCAGAAGUUUACUGAAGACACAGUGGCGAUGCAAACAACUGACAUGGACUUCUAUUGCCAUUAGCUCCUGGUUGGAUCACGCCUCUUUCACAUCAAGUGCUUCUUUUAGUAACUUUAGGCUGCUGUAGAGGACAGUGGACAUCCCAAUCAAACCCUUGUGUUAGACCAUUUGCCUUAUUACCCUGUUGUGUACUGAGUCGUUUGCUUUUUGGCUGUCUGAUGCUGAAAAUAUUUUACUCAAUAAAUGUUUCUUC